AUUUCCAAAGUUUCGUAAUCUGUAAACAAGACGCUGUGUGUCCCUGAGCUAGCAAACAGAGUGAGCCUGGGCUUCUCUAAAAGGACGAGGGACACGCAACAGCGAGCACGACAGCCGGCGCAAUGAAACUGCUUCCUCUGCUUAUAGUGCUGUCCUCGGCUGCUGUCCAAGCACAGACCGAUUUGACCAACUGCUCCUCACCUCAGUGGUCCUAUGAUGAGUUCUCAGAGAAGCUGAAGAUCUCAGAUGAGUGUAUGGAAGUGCUCGCUGCUCAAUGGACAGAAAACCAAAACGCGGAUGUAUUCAGCAACCUGAACCGGCUUGCGGAUGUUCUUAAGAAAAAUCAAAAAGCAGUGUGUAAAGAUGCCACACCCAAGGAAUGCCCAACUCCAGCAGUCCAGAGUAAAGGAGGACUGGUGUGUGUGUCUACCAGCGGGAAGCGUUUCUGUAAACCAAUGUGCAAUGAGGGUUAUGACUUCGGCUUCCUGAGGAUUUCCAGGCUGUUCGAGACGUGCAGCGAUGCCACUAACUACUCGUGGACAACUCAGCUCGUGGGAGGCAACAAGCUGGCCAUCUGUAACAAAAGCAGCAUUCGUGUAGCAGGCGCGUCUUCCACUUACUUCCCCGCAAACCAGGACUGCUGGACCACUAAAAGCAACUCGACGCUGGAGCAGGAGAUCAUUAACGCCUUUGAAAAUGAGCUGAGCGCUAAAAAUGUUAACGGCCCUUACACGCACCGCUGUCUUAUGUGUGGAUAAAAAUGAGCUUUUCUCAUUUGAUGAUGAACGAUAUAAUUAGCGCUGUGUUCAGCUUACAGUUGUAAUACACUUGUAUGAGUCAGGGCUAAUACAGGAUCCGUUAAUAAAGUAAAGCUGUAAACAAGCAA